UAGAUUCUGCAAUUUCGGCUCUUCUGCUACUUUGCACUCUCUGUCGAACUCUGUUUCCCCAGUCUUAACGAAACAAAGCUGAAGAUCUGCGAUUACAGAAAACUGUUUAGUUUAGUGCGAAUUCAUCAGUAGAAGAGUAGGUUCUGCAAUUUCGGUUCUAUUGGCCACGAAGGACAAAACCCUCUGUGCUUUGUUGCGAAGGCGGCCAUGGCUUCCAACCAAACUGCUGAAGUUUCUGUGAGUAUUCUGAUAGAUGAAGCGACGAACAGAGUAGUUUGUGCUGAAGUUGGUAAUGAUUUCGUCGACAUACUCUUCAGUUUCUUGACCUUACCAAUGGGCACUAUUGUCCGACUCAUCCGCAAUCAGGAAUCAUCACAAGAAGCACAAAUUGGCUGCAUGAACAGCUUGUACCAAAGUGUUGAAAAUCUCAGCACAUCCUCUUUGCAGACUGAUGCAUGCAAGGAUAUGCUGCUUCAUCCGAGAACUCCAUUCGAAACCAUUUGCAGCGGCUUGAAAGGGAAUAUAGAUGAUACAACGCCCACCAAGUAUUUCAUAUGUUCUGAUUCGGCAUGUAAUAAAAAAGAUGGUGGAUUGUUAAGUAACUAUGUAAACACAAAAUGCAAAUGUGGGAAGUUGAUGAACAGAGAGAUAUAUGUAUCGGGUUCUGGAUCUAAUGCCGAUGCUACAGAUGAGGUUUUUGUCAAGCAAUCAGCGGCUUAUGUUGUUAGUGACAAUCUCCAAGUAAUGGUGAGCACACCAGUAGCUCUAGUCGAAUUCCUUGGCAAUGUUGGCAUCAAAGAUGUAAAUAGUCUUAAGGAAAAGGUUGUGAAGGUUGGCUCAGAGCAGAUUUUGAAUCUGCUCAAGCAGUCUCUGCUUUCCGAGUCCCCUUUGACGGAUGUAUUUUUGCCAAACGAAAGAUUCAACUCCAAAAGGCGCAAAUUGCUCGAGCAAAGAGAUCAUCAAUUCAUAUCGCAAAACAUACCAGGAGCAGACACCAAUGGAAGUAUGGCAGUGAAGAUUAUGGUAAGAAAGUCUGAAGGGAAGGCAUUGUGUGCCGAGGCCAUGGAAGAUUUGGUUGACCUUCUCUUCAGCUUCCUCACAAUUCCCCUAGCAAAUGUACUUAAAUGUUUGGAUGGAAAAUCUUCUUUGGGAUGUGUAGAUAACUUGUACAAAAGCGUACAAGUUUUGAACAACAAGUGGUUUGUAGCACACAAUGCGCCAGUGAGUAGCUACUAUAGCUGGCAUCAGCUACUACUCAAUCCAGGGCUUGCUCCGAAAUUCAGGUGCUCCAGUCAGCCAUUCCAACUCGAGGAAAGAUAUGGAAAUUAUUAUUGUCACAGUAAAUUGCUCGGCGGUGUUUGUUCUCUGACCUUCGAAUGGCCUAAUACCAUUUCUGGGGAGGCAGUAACACGUUUAACCUUAAUUGACCCGAGGUCCUCCUCUUGUUGGGAAACUAAUUCUGGAAAUUUUGUGAAGAGACCAGGAGCAUUCCUAGUAUCUGAUGGUUUGGUAGUGCUACCAUCAGCCAAUACCACUUCAAGCAUCUCUUAUCUGAAGGGGUUAGAUGUUCCUAUUGAGGAUAUUGAGGAGCAUGACAUAAAAAUCAACAAACAAGAGGGGUUGAACUUGUUGAAGGCAGCUCUGAUCACUACAUCAGCUUUAACAAAUGCCCUCUACCUCCCUUUUUCAAGGAAGACUAAGCAAGAACUAUAAAACUUUCAUGGGACAACGAGGCACGGACUGAAUUGCAAAGUCAGUGGUUUGAAUGAUUUUUGGUUUUUUUUUUUUUUUGUGGGGUGCUAAACUUGACUUGUGUAAACUGAACGGCUUAUGGUUCUUGUUCUGCAUUCUAAUAUCAGAACUUUUAAUUGUGGCUUAGUAACACUGUGUCUUUAGUUUGUACCAUGAGAGCAUUAAUUAGUUGCAAAUACAAUAUCUAGGGAGGAGCCAAGCAAUUUGUCAUUUCUUGUGGGAACUUAUUGA